UGGUUAUAAGUUUUAGUUGUAUCUAAAUAAAGUGCCAUUUGUUAAAAAUGAAAUAAAAAUGCACAAAUCAUGUUUAAGACAAGGUACACAUUCAAUGCCAUAAAAAGGCUGAAUAGUUCUCAAAUAAAACAAUGUACUACUACCAUACAAUGUCAAAACACAGAAGACGAAAAAGAAAAAGAAUUGGAGAGGAUAGCCAAAGAUGCCUCCAUAGACAACCCACCAACAGCAUGCUGCCAAUCGGGUUGUUCCAAUUGCGUGUUUAUAGUGUGGGCAGAAGCUCUAGCGAAUAAAAUGCAAAAUGCUAAUCCAGAGAUAAGUGAAAAAAUAUUGAAAAUGGUUGACGAUCCAUCUAUGAAAGCAUAUUUAGAGAUGGAACUAAGAUUGCGGGACUGA